AUGCUCGACAUCAUGAGCUGCGUGGAGAGGGACCUUCUGGACCUCAUGUUGCGCACGGGCUACAACGUCGUCCAGGAGAACGGACAGAGGAAGCUGGGACCGCCGCCCGACUGGCAGGGCCCCCCUCCCGCCCGCGGCUGCGAGGUGUUCGUGGCGAGGAUCCCGCGCGACCUGUACGAGGACGAGCUGCUUCCCGUGCUGGAGGCGGUGGGGCAGCUGUACCAGCUGCGCCUCAUGAUGACGUACGACGGAGAGAACCGCGGCUACGCGUUCGCCACCUUCGCGACGCGCUCGCAAGCCGCGGACGCCGUCAAGAGACCCCACGACUUGGAGAUCCGCCCGGGGCGACGGAUCGCGGUUUGCGUGAGCGUCGACAAUCGCCGCCUCUUCUUGGCGAGGCUGCCGAAGGACAAGACGCGGGCCGAGGUGAUGGCGGCGAUGAGCGACGCCACGGAGGGCGUCGUGGACGUCCAGAUGCGCUUCUGUCGCUACGACAGGAGCCUCAGCCGAGGCUACGCGUUCGUCGAAUACGAGAGCCACCGCGCGGCCUGCAUGGCCCGCAGGGUGCUGCUGCCGUACUCCUUCCGGCUGUGGGGCCGGGACAUCAACGUGGACUGGGCCAUCCCGCAGCGAGAGCCGGGGCCGGAGUGCGCCGUCUGCGGCAAGGUCCCGCACAGCCUGUUUGUGGGCUGGGCGGCGCGCACGCAGCUCUGGCGGGCACCCCGCCACUCGCGGCCCACGCCCGUCGGUCUGGACGAGCUGCCGGAGGCGGCCGUCUUGUCGUGGGAGACGCGUUUGCAGGCGCUGCUACGGAGCGCCGGCGUGGGCCACGCGACCUUCGAACUGCACGCUCACUCGGAGCCCGGCAGGCCCAUGGGCCUCCUGUACAAGGUCUCCGUUCCCGGGAUGAUGCGGGAAGGCAGCGGCUUCUUCCCCGCGGUGCUGAGCUCCAGCGUGGAGGGAGCGCGCGAAGUUGCCAGCGAGCUCCUCCACGAAAUCCUCAGCGACGCGAACCCGAGGGCGGGCCCGGCCCCCGUCGCGACGGCGCCUCCGGCCGCCCCGUCCGGGACCUCCCGGCGUAUCCCGGCGACUUCCCCGCGCCCCGGCAGCCGGUCGCCGCGCGCCUGCCGACAAGCGGCACGCACCCGUAGUGCCGCGUGGCCGUCGUGGCGGCGUUCGUCAGACCGCGGACGGUGUCCUACCGCUUGA